ACCGAGCACGAGUGGGAACUCCCCGGCACCCGCAGCCAGUCCUCCGCGCUCCGUGGCCCCCCCUCCCCGGUUCUUCCUCCUCAAACAUGUCCGUGUCCAGCGACUUUGGGAACCCUUUAAGAAAAUUCAAACUCGUCUUUCUGGGGGAGCAAAGUGUGGGGAAGACGUCUCUGAUCACGCGCUUCAUGUACGACAGCUUCGACAACACGUAUCAGGCCACAAUUGGAAUCGAUUUCCUGUCGAAAACCAUGUACUUGGAGGAUCGGACGGUGAGGUUGCAGCUCUGGGACACGGCGGGCCAGGAGCGCUUCAGGAGCCUCAUCCCCAGCUACAUCCGGGACUCCACCGUGGCCGUCGUGGUCUACGACAUUACCAACGUCAACUCGUUCCAGCAGACGUCAAAAUGGAUCGAUGACGUGAGAACGGAGCGAGGAAGUGACGUCAUCAUCAUGCUGGUCGGCAACAAAACAGACUUGGCGGACAAGAGGCAAAUCACCAUUGAGGAAGGAGAGCAGAGGGCCAAAGAGCUGAGCGUCAUGUUCAUCGAGACCAGUGCCAAGACCGGCUACAACGUCAAACAGCUGUUCCGCCGUGUGGCAGCCGCUCUUCCCGGGAUGGAAAGUAUGCAAGAAACGAGCAAAGAAGGAAUGAUCGACAUCAAGCUGGACAAACCGCAGGAGCCCCAGACCACCGAGGCCGGCUGCUCCUGUUAAUACUCGGCGCCCGCUCCUUCUGGAACAGAAGACGUCAUUUCCUCCACCGCCGCCGCCACCGUGCUUAUGUUAUGUUGCUGCCGAUUGGUUUAACCCUCACGUGACUUUGCACAUGGACAAUCUGGCCUCCUCACCUGACUGUCAGCAGUCAGGUUGAAUUCCCAAUAUGUUAAUUUGGUUGUCAAGCAACACACUUUGUUUGCAAAACUGCCAAGAAAAGAAAAAAAAUAAUCCUAACCAGAAUAAGAAAAAAGACUGAAGUGUGGCAAAAGAAAAGUUUACCAAGUUCUGUAUGUGUUUACAUUUUUAUAAGAAGUUUCCCCUCUUUUUUUUUUUUUUUUUUUUGUAUUUUUGUAUAUUUGAGGAGCUCA